AUGUCGCAGAUCAAGAGCAUCGCCAUCAUCGGGGCCGGUCCUGCGGGCGCCAUUGCAGUCGAUGCACUAGCACAAGAGAAAUCAUUCGAUAUCAUCCGUGUAUUUGAACGACAGGAGAAAGCCGGCGGUUGCUGGGUAUCAAGGGAUGACGAGCCACCACGGCAGUUCGACUUUGAUGGUUUAUCUUCACGAACAGCAGAUGCACCUCUCAAAAUUCCCGAGAACCUCCCGUGUCGGACGCCUGGAAUCUCCCAGGAUCGGUUCACGGACUCACCUGUGUACCCGACCCUGGAGACCAAUGUGAACGCGGGAGCCAUGUCGUUCUCCCAAGAGGAGAUUCCUGUAGUUCGAUCGCAGUGGUCGAUUGAGCGUCAUGGUGCAGACACGCCUUUCCGGCACCAUUCCGUCAUCCGGAAGUAUAUUGAGGACCUGCUCAAUCGGAAAGGGUAUCAACAUCUGGUGCAGUAUAACACUACUGUUGAACGCGCGAUCAAAGAUUCCACCAGCCAGAAAUGGGUGCUGACGCUCCGCAGGACGGAAAUUCUGGAUGGUGCCAAAUCGGAUUACUGGUGGUCUGAGGAGUACGAUGCAGUUGUAGUGGCUUCGGGUCAUUACGCAGUACCGUUUAUACCUGCGAUUCCCGGCUUAAAGGAGUUUGCUGGAAGAUUUCCCGGCAGUGUUGAACAUACAAAGCAAUAUCGGGGGCCUGAGAAAUAUCGGGGGAAGAAAGUCAUCACCGUCGGAGCAUCUGUUUCUGCCGCCGAUACGGCCGUGAGCCUGGUUGAUAGUGCUCAAUCCCCCGUCAUUGCUGUGGUUCGUGGUCGUUACAACGCCUAUUUCGGAGACCUCGCUUUCCAGCACCCUAAGAUCCAGCGUCGCCCGCCCAUCUCACAAAUUACCAGCAAUGAGCAAGGCGAACGAACCGUGCAUUUCGAAGACGGUACCUCUGAAACCGGGGUCGACCAUCUGAUUUUUGGAACUGGCUUCAGCUGGACACUGCCUUUCUUGCCUCAGGUGGCUACGCGGAACAAUCGUGUGCCGGAUCUCUACCAACAUGUCUUUUAUCGACCUGAUCCAUCCCUGGUUUUUAUCGGCGCUGUUGGUGCGGGGUUGACCUUCAAAGUAUUUGAAUGGCAGGCCGUCGCUGCGGCACGCGUUCUGGCCGGCAAAGCCAACCUGCCCUCAAUUGCCGAGCAGGAAACAUGGGAAACCGACCGCAUUGCCCAGAAAAGCGAUGGAGCGGGGUUCACAGUCCUCAAUCCCGACUUCGAGCCCUACUUCGAGAGCCUCCGCGAACUUGCGGGAGAACCUCGUGGUGGAGUAGGGCGGCGUCUACCUCGGUUCGAGCAGAAAUGGCUGUCUGAUUUCAACGAAGGCCAUGAGCGCCGAAAGAAAAUGUGGCGGCGAGCCAAUCAAACCGCUCGGCUGUAA